GCUUGCUUCUCUUGUCUCUUUCUCUCUCUCUGUCUCUCUGGUUUCUCCUAUGGCAGAGUUUGCGCCGAACCUGGACGACGGCGAGAUGUGGCUGCCGUCGGAGAUAAUCGCCGACCUCGGUCUCCGCCGCUUGCACCAUUCCAACGCCGCCGCCGCCGCCCGAGUCCGCGGCGCAUACCACCACACCUUCGACGUCGAGGGCCUCGCGAGCCAGCUCGCGGCACUUAGCCCGCUCGACCGCGUCCAGCGCCUCCCCGCCGCUAAGCUGCCGCCCGUUCUCCCGCCUCAUUACGAGGGGUUGAAGCCUGUCGGACCGGCGGUCCGGUUCGAACUGGAGGAAAGGGAGUUGGGGACCGGGUUGGGUCGCCCCGUCUAUGGCAUGGGGUUCGGAGCCUGUUCCCGGCCGGGGGUGACCCGGCCUGGCCCGACGCAGGCAGCUCAGGCGCAGGCAUGUGGACCGGAAACGGUGGAGGCAUUUGGUCGGGCUCCGCAGAGGCCACUGCGGCCGAUCCAGAGCCGGCUCGGCACUGUUCGACCGGGUGGUCAAGGGAGAGAAAGCGGAGGAGGGACCGGUGUGUUCCUCCCGCGGGUGAUCAACAACAACGAAGCGAGGAAGAAGCAUCACAACGCGACGGGAGGAGAGCAACAGAAGCAGCAGCCAACGAGAAGCACGGCGAUGUGGAAGCUGGAGAGGCCAUUUCAGCCGACCUCCGAGAUGCGCCUUCCCCAGGAAUGGACUUACUGAGACCAAGGAACCUCCCACCUCCUUCCUCCACCGGAGGACGUUGUUGCAGUGGUGGUAGAACUGGAAACAGAUGGAACUACAAUAAAAGUUCGAGGACGAUGUUACUGA